GGUUUACGUAUACUUGGUUACACGUUAAAAUCAUGCGCCAGUGAACUCGGUUUUCUAGUAUUUUCACUGGCCAUGGCAAUAAUUAUUUUUGCAACAAUAAUGUAUUAUGCGGAAAAAAAAGUUAACGAUACCCGAUUCACUUCAAUACCAGCCGCAUUCUGGUAUACAAUUGUUACUAUGACAACUCUUGGUUAUGGUGACAUGGUACCAGCAACAAUCAUGGGUAAAGUUGUUGGAGGCGUUUGUUCCCUUAGUGGCGUUUUGGUAAUUGCACUUCCAGUUCCAGUAAGUUUUAUCUUCCAAAUAUUUCGAUUCGAUAAAUAUUAG